AUGAAUCGCGCUUUCCGCUCCGUCCGUCACCUGAAGAAGAGAUUCGAGCAAGAUCCGAAAGGGCGCCACAAGCGCUACAAAGACGAAAUCUUCGAAAGCGCUCUCAAGGGCCAAAAAAUCGGGCAGGCGGAGAAACAUUCACUCGACAAAAAGAGUACCUUCAACAAAUUCGGACUCAAGGUCGAAAAAACUGAUGUCGACUACGCGCGUUAUUAUGGCGACCCAGCUUGGAAACGGCUUGAGAGAAAGAAGCAGGGGGAGAAGAAUGAAAUUAUAAAAUCCAUCGGAAGGCCUGGAGAGAAAAAUUCAAAGCCGACUCGUUUUGAGGGAUCCGAGAUACGUGGUAAUCAGCUAAUGGACGCGUUUGGCAUCGUUGGGUUCACGGGCGCAACCUCAAAGUCGAUUAGCGCCGACAAACUUAAAUCCAUCGCGAGACAAAAUCGCGAGCUGGAGAGCAUCAUCCCGACUUUGAACGAGAAAUUGGCUCAACUAGCGAUCAGCAAUCCUGAAUUGGAGGAAAUAUCUAUCUUCGGAGUCAGAAAGCUCAGAAGAGACAAAAUUCUAGUUUUACUGAGGCAAGACAAAUACAAUAAAUCAUCACAAGACCAAAUCCUGAGAGUGGUGAAUCACAACAUUCGUUUUUUCAACGAACACGUUUCCGACCAAAUCAAUUCCGAGCAGCCUUUUGGCAGAAAAGUACGAGUUACAGUUGUUUUCGAUUUGAUGAGGAGGGAUACCCAGCUCUUUGACCAAAGUUUAUUUGUCGAGGACGUUUCUGAAGAAGAGCAUGAAAAAGCUAUGACGGAGAUCACCGAGCUCGCGAGAGCCCAAUUCGAGUUCAAAAAAGAAAGAGAUGCGGAGUACAGAAAUGCGAAGGGAUUAGAAAAGAGGCAAUUUCGGAUGCGAAAACAAGCUGAUCAGAUUUUGCCGCCAGAACAACUUGUUGAUCAUCGAAAUCAUAGUUCAGACGCCGCGUUUCAAAAAAGCAGUUCGGUCGAGCGACCAGAGUGGUUUCAAAAAGACCAAAGAGAAGAACUGCCUAUGUAUGGAUCCAAAUCGUCGUUGAGUUCCUUUCAGUCGAGCAAAUUCGGCGAUGACUCGGACGAAGAAGAUAAUUCUGAAAUCAAUCGACACGGAUUCAAGGUGAAAAAUGGCGAAAUCGAAGACGGACUACAUGUUUCUAUCGAAAAGAACCGAGAGCGCGAGAGCAAGUGGCUACUCAUGCUGGCCAAUUGGCACUUGUACUCGAAGUCGAAAAAGUAUCAGUCGAAACUGAAGAAUCGAGUCCGCAAGGGAAUUCCUGAUGCUAUUCGAGGAAAAGCCUGGAUGUUCCUGAGUGGCGGAGAAGUCUUAAAAAGAGCAUCGCAAGAAGGAAAGCUCCAGGACCAGACGACGUUUCAAAUGCUCGACGAAAAGAGCUGCUCAGCGGAAGAAGAAGAGCAAAUCGAAAAAGAUCUGCACCGUCAAUUCCCCGAUCAUGAAAUGUUCUCGACAAAGGGAAGCGGCAAGCAGGAUCUCUACCGGGUUCUCAAAGCGUGGGCAGUCUACCGCCCGAAUGUCGGCUACUGUCAAGGCCAAGCGCCCAUCGCUAGUUUAUUAUUAAUGCAUCUGACAGCGGAGGACGCCUUCUGGAGUCUUGUGGCUAUUUGCGACUAUUUCAUUCCCGGCUACUACGACGUUGGAUUGACAGCUAUUCAAAUGGACGGGCUAAUUCUCGAGUCGCUUACGAGCUCAUACUGCAGCGAUGUCCACAAGCUUCUGAAAGCAACAAAAGUCGAAUCGAUGUAUUAUAUGACUGACUGGUUCAUGUGCAUAUUUAUACGAACGCUUCCCUGGAACACUGUGCUCCGCGUUUUCGACUUGUUCUUGUCUGAAGGAGUUAAAGUGCUUUUCCGUGUUGGCUUGACAAUGUUGAGGGAAAACCUAUCGACGCUAUCGAAAAAACUCAAGAAAAAUAACGCAGAUGACUUGUUCAUGGACGCAAUGACUUUCGCAAAACGCUCUCCAGAAGCAGCAAAGAACGAGGACAACUUCAUUCGCCAAGUUUGCUCCUGUCGAGUAACGGAACGAGAGCUGACGAAUGAGUUUCAGAGGCAGAUGAAAAAAUGGGACAGAACGAAAGGAGACGUGAGAAGGAAUUACUACAAGAGGGAUCCCGAAAGCAUCAGCGAUGUAAAAAUGCCAUACACAAACGGAAAAAUGUCGAAAACGAUCAAUCCAAUCAGCGCUGAUGCUUCAAAUGUCACUGCUGCUCAAAGACUAAAGACAGUUCCCGAAGCUCCCGAAGCACAAGAAGAAGACACGAUUUCGCCGACCGACGAGCGCUGGAAAGGCGUCGACAGCAGCAACUACGACCCAAACGCGACGAUCAAGCCAUUGCCGCCGCUGAAAACGACUCCGCAGAAAAUAGCGAAACCGCCGAGGUCGAUUUCCGCGCCUGAGCGAUUUCCGGACACUGAGACGAAACUGUGA